AUGAAUCUCCCAAAAGCUUCCGAAGAGGCAGCACCUGCCUACCAUGAAUUAUUCGACACAGAACCUAUUAAUCAACCGACAGCCACAUCUUCCAGGACACAUCAAUACGCUGCUGUCCCCGACAACGACCUGGACGAAAAUCUAAACGUCGCAAGCCACCACGAUGUGGAGUCCCACCCUCAAGACUCCUCAAAUGAGCCUCCGCAGUUAGACCCUACAAAACCACAUUUCCACUGCGAGACAUGCGACCGCCAGCUUGAGCGCCGGCAGAGAAGGGAGACAGAGCGGGAAUGCUGUCGGAUAGUUGCGCUGGUGUUUAUUGUGGCCAUUAUCUUCCUGGCUUUGUUGGGGAUUGUUGUUGCGCGGAGUGUGACAUAA